GGGCGCACACGGAGCUGAGCAGAGGGAUGAGAUGCUCCCAUCGAGACGGACACAGAUGGACAGCUUAGUUCAGCCGCUCGUCGCCCAGUACCUCGCCAUGGGAUGUCAAUCCAAAGAAAACAUCCACAACGAAAGCGCGUCUUCGGACGACAAGAGGAAGGACGACGCGAGUGCCACUCCAAAAUGCGCCUCGAAGUGUAGAGUUUCUCCUCCGGGACGUCCACACAGAUUUCACAAACCCAACCCGACCCAAACCCAAACCACCCCAGCCAAGAUCAUGAUGCCUCUGGGACAUCUAGCCAAGGGGGCGAGCUGGGAGGAGCUCAUCCAGGCCUGUCUGCAGUGCUUUGACUCUGACGGUGGUGUGUGUGGGAGCAGCCACCUGUUGAACAUCACCCUGACCAUGCACCGUCUCCUCAUCUCCUCCAGUGACCUCCUGGAAAAGCUGGUCUCUCUAUAUCCUUCAGCCGUCCACCGUGAAGGUGUGACCUUUAUCACGGCGCCGCCUGAUGGCUCUUGCAGUGCAUUGUCCACAUUUAGAACUGCGGGGUCGACUCAGUGGGAGUCUGUGUUCUGCUUUUUAUUGGUUGUCAUUGGCAACGAGCCAGCGGGUUUGUUCUCGUCUCUGCAGUGCAGACAAAAAACAAUAAUCAUUACGUCUAAUUAUCUGCUCCACGUUAUUUUGUUUCUAUUGACUGAAUUAAAACAAAAUUGUUUCAAGUCUCCGUUAACGUCCGCCCUGAGAAACUCUGUGUCUUUGUGUCGUAGAAAUGAGCGAGACUGGUCGUGGAAGGCCAGUCAGAAGAUCACGGCCAUCAAAAAGAGGAAAGUCUCUCUUCUGUUCGACCACCUGGAGCCGAUAGAACUGGCCGAACACCUGACAUACCUGGAGUUCAAAUCUUUCUGCAGGAUAUCGUUCAUAGACUAUCUGAAAUAUAUUCGCACCUGCUGCAUGAAGGACAUCCCCGUGAUGGAGCGUUCCAUUGCGCUGUGUAACGGCGUCUCCCAGUGGGUCCAGCUGAUGGUGCUGAGUCGACCAACGGCUCAGCUGAGGGCGGAGGUUUUCACCAAGUUUAUUCACGUGGCACAGAGCCUACAUCUAAUGCACAACUACAAUACACUAAUGGCAGUGGUGGGGGGGCUGUGUCACAGCUCCAUCUCCAGGCUGAAAGACACCACCUCUCAUGUUCCCAAUGAGGUCACUAAGGUACUAAAUGAAAUGACAGACCUGCUGUCCUCGUGCAGAAACUUUGACAACUACAGACAGGCUUACAACAAAUGCACAGGCUUUAAAAUCCCGAUCUUGGGCGUCCACCUCAAGGACCUGAUUUCGGUCAAUGAGGCCAGGUCCGACUACGUGGAGGACAACAAGGUCAAUGUCCAGAAGCUCCAGGCACUCUACAGCCACAUAAACGAGCUGAUCCAGCUCCAGCAGAUCCCACCCAGGCUGGACGCAAACAAGGACCUGGUCCAUCUGCUGACGCUGUCCCUGGACCUGUACUACACCGAGGAUGAGCUCUACGAACUGUCCUACACCAGGGAGCCCAAGAACUGCAAAGCACCCCCAGCCACCCCCUCUAGACCUCCAGUGGUUGUGGACUGGACCUCAGGAGUGGCUCCCAAACCUGAUCCUAGGACCAUCAGCAAACACGUGCAGAGGAUGGUGGACUCGGUGUUCAAGAACUAUGAUCACCACCAGAACGGCUUCAUUUCUCAAGAGGACUUUGAGAAGAUCGCUGCCAGCUUUCCUUUUUCCUUCUGUGUCAUGGACAAAGAGAAGCAGGGUCUCGUGAGCAGGGAGGAGAUCACGGCCUAUUUCAUGAGGGCCAGUGUCAUCUGCUCCAGACUGGGACUCGGGUUUGUCCACAAUUUCCAGGAAACCACUUACAUGAAACCCACUUUCUGCGACAACUGCUCCGGAUUUCUGUGGGGUGUCAUCAAGCAGGGCUACAGGUGCAAAGACUGUGGGAUGAACUGCCACAAGCUGUGCAAGGACCAGGUGGCGUUCGAGUGCAAGAAGAACGCCAAGGCGGCGAACGCCAUCGACAGCCCCACACCGAGCUCCACGCCUGUCACCGCAGGUGUCCUCGAGGGUUCAGAAGAAUGUCCCUUCCCUUAUCCACUGCACGACAGCAAAGACUGCAGCCCAGACUCCCCCGUCACCCCCAGCUCCAGGCCUCACACCGUCCACAGUGGAACCCAAACCGAGGGGCCUCAGGUAUUUGCUGCAGCUCCAGAAGCCUGUCGCAUACAGCCGUGUCUGUUAGUCCCAGCCGCCCCGCCCCUCACCUCGUGUCCCAGCCCAGUGCCCCAGAGGAAGCAGCGACACUGCGCUAAGUGGGAAAACAGAGCUUCAGUUGUGCAGACGGCUAAAGAGCCAGAGGAAGACAAACCUUCAUACGAAUCUCUGGAAACAGACAACCUGAGGCUGCAGAAAACCAAUGAGACACUACUUAGGAAGCUGAAGGAGACGGAGAGGGAGGUGGAGAUACUGAAAACACUGCUGAAGAGACACGCGCUCCACCCCGUGGAGGAGGACUCCUCAUCAUAGACAUCUGUUGGGAGACUGCUGCUGCCCCCACGUGGUCGAAUGUAAUAAUUACAUUUGUGACUAGGACUGAUUGUACAAUUCCAUUCAUAUCAGUUUGGCCAUUUUGAUUCCAGCAUGAAUACUUGAUAAGAUAAAUGCUAGAAAGGCUAGCAUUUUGUGCAAAGCCUAAGAUUUUUUUUUAAUUUCUGACAUAUUUAUUUUAAAAGAUUGUAAUUCUAAAAACAAAAAAAAAAAAGUGCAGCAGAAAGUAAUGCACCAUUUCCUAGACUGACAAUGUUGUUCCUAAAGUAUUAAACAUUUAACCUUUUUUUAGAGAGAGAGAGAGAGCAAGCCUGGUCAGAAUUAGAGGCAUGACAAUAUUUGUAGAAAAAAAAAACCCUAACCCUAACCCUCAAGUUGUGACCCACAAGAACCAUCCCUACUGCCCACAUCUGGGUCACACCCUACAUUUUUAGAAACAACAUUAAAGAUUUUCUUAUUAAAAAAAUACAUCAGUAAAACAAAUGAAGGAAUGAAUCAAAGUCGCAGUAUUGUAAAAAAUAAGAAUACAACUGUGUAUGUGUAUUAAUGGAUUAUAUAUUUGUUAUUAAUAUCAAUAUUAUUAUUAUUAUAAUUAAUCAAUCGCCUUAGCUGAUUUCGGUGGUCGUUCUUGUCUGUGUACAUAUAGGAUUUCACUGUGUAUGUGAGUAUUUAUUAUUUCAAACACUACUGGUGGCGACAGGAGAGUGAGAUAAGUCAACACUUUGUACAGUGUGCUGGUACCUUUCACUGUUUAUUUAUGCUUGUGUGUCUGUGCAGCCGUGUCAUUCACUGUAGCAGUGUUGUGUUCAGAGCCAAAGUCAGUAUGAAUGUCAUGUAUAAUGUACUGUAAAUACAAAGUAUACGCUGUGUCGCUGUUGCUCCAGCCCCGUCCUCUGUUCACUCCUAAUAAACUAUCCUACACAACA